AUGGGAGUACUUACAGCGUGCACUCGAGCGGCAGGGCGCAAGCGAAGAGCGGAAAUCCGGGGGGACCUGCAGGACACGCGGCUGGCGGGCGACCUGCCCAGCGCCGUCUUCGAUCUCACCCACCUGCGCCUGCUGUCAGUCCCGCCGCCCUCACCCUCCUCGCCCCCCCGCUCCCAUCAACCUCUUCCUCCACGUGUCCCCACUGUUCUCGCACCCGCCCACAACACGCACGCGCCAACACCUGUGCACGCUGCUGUGAGUGCUCUUAGACACGCGCCAACACCUGUGCACGCUGCUGUGAGUGCUCUUAGCCACGCGCCAACACCUGUGCACGCUGCUGUUAGUGCUCUUAGGCACGCGCCAACACCUGUGCACGCUGCUGUGAGUGCUCUUAGGCACGCGCCAACACCUGUGCACGCUGCUGUGAGUGCUCUUAGACACGCGCCAACACCUGUGCACGCUGCUGUGAGUGCUCUUAGCCACGCGCCAACACCUGUGCACGCUGCUGUUAGUGCUCUUAGGCACGCGCCAACACCUGUGCACGCUGCUGUGAGUGCUCUUAGGCACGCGCCAACACCUGUGCACGCUGCUGUGAGUGCUCUUAGGCACGCGCCAACACCUGUGCACGCUGCUGUGAGUGCUCUUAGACACGCGCCAACACCUGUGCACGCUGCUGUGAGUGCUCUUAGGCACGCGCCAACACCUGUGCACGCUGCUGUGAGUGCUCUUAGGCACGCGCCUGUGCUCGACGUGCACGGGUGCAACCUGACAGGGUCCAUCCCAGCCACAGUGGGGCGGCUGGCGAGCCUCAAGUUCUUCCUGGUGAACCAGAACCGCCUGUCAGGGUCCAUCCCGGCCACCGUGAGCGGCAUGCAGCGGCUGUACAUGUGGGACAUCAUGGACAACCGCGUUGAGGGCGCCGUGCCCUCCUUCCACGGCGCCAACGAGCUCGGUCACCUGUGCCCACAUGAGUCGCAACCUGCUCACCUCAGUGCCGGCGCACAUCAGCAGACUACCCAAGCUAGAGCACGUCGUUCCGAUCCCUCCCAGCGUUCCGAUCCCUCCCAGCGUUCCGAUCCCUCCCAGCGUUCCGAUCCCUCCCAGCGUUCCGAUCCCUCCCAGCGUUCCGAUCCCUCCCAGCGUUCCGAUCCCUCCAUGUCCCCCCCUCCAUGUCCCCCCCUCCAUGUCCCCCCUCCAUGUCCCCCCUCCAUGUCCCCCCCUCCAUGUCCCCCCCUCCAUGUCCCCCCCUCCAUGUCCCCCCCUGUGUCUCACCCUUUCCCUCCCGCCAUCCUCUCGUGCAUCACGAAGCAGGCUGGUGGACAGCAACCGGCUCACCCAUCCCAUCCCAGCGGCAUUCAACAACACAAACCUCACUGUCAUGUGCGUGCCACUGUCAUCUACUGGAGUAACAACGUGCUGCCCAGCCUGCCCACCACGUGGCUCCUCCCCCACCUCAAGGACUUCCUCGCCAGCAACUGUUCACUACCACAGCAACCGCUGCCAUCCUUCCCGCUCUCUGCCAGCCUUGCCAACCUCGAUCUGAGCAGCAACAAGUUCACGGGCGCCAUUCCCCCCACGCUCUUCUGGCACAGCCCCAACCUCAUCAACCUCAACCUGGCCAACAACUCGCUCACCGGCCACCUGCCUCAGCAGAUCGCCAAUGCCUCCAAGCUGCAAUCGCUGUUCCUAGCAGGCAACAACCUGACAGGCGCCAUUCCGGACAUGUCAGGGCUGCCAAGCCUCGUGGCGCUCUCCCUCUACGACAACGACUUCACUGCCGUGCCGCCCGCCCUGCUCAACCAAACCAACGCCACUCUGCAGCUGUAUGGCAACGACCUCUGCAAGCCAUUCCGCGCGGAGAUCGCGCAGCAGUGCUCCCCGCCGCGCCUUCUCACGCAGUACACGGCGCGCGCCAUCUGCGCAGAGCUCGCGUGCGCCAGCGACCUCUUCCGCCCCAGCGAGCCGCUGUUCCGCGACGCCAGCGAGUGCGUGUGCGUGUCGCCGCUGCGCGCCGAGCUGGGGCUGUACCUGACGGACCUCGUGGUCUUCACAGACGACCAGGUGACGAGCCUGGAGGACAAGCUCUUCUCGCAGCUCACCACCCGCGCGCACAUCAACAUCACGCGCAAUCAGGUGCAAGUGACGGGCAUCAGCAGCCGUGCGUCACUCGCCUCACUGGCGUCAACAUUCGCGUCCGACCACACGAUGCACGAGUCCACGCUCAUCAUCACCGCGCUCUUCUUCCCGCCCGCCGGGGACGACUCCUGGCUGCCCAGCGACACGCCCCGCGCCAUCCGCGCCGCGCUCUCCACGCGCGACCCGACGCUGCGCGCCAACCUGGACGAGUUCGGGUCGUACCGCGUCGAAGCCUUCUACGGCCCUGCUCCGUACAAGCCGCCGUCGCAGGCAGCAUCAGCACUAAGCCCAGGCACCAUCGCGGCCAUUGCCAUCUGCUGCGCCACGCUUGUCAUCUCGCUCGCCCUCGUGCUGCUCUUCCGCCCCUGGGAGAAGCGAGGGUGGAGCCAUGCGGACUACGAGGCGCUGGAGGGCAUCAGCCUGCAGCACGCGCGGCGCUACUCGCUGCAGCAGCUGCACGACGCCACUGAUGGCUUUGAUGACCAGCGCGUGCUAGGGCAGGGCGGAUUCGGCAAGGUAUGUCUGGGGGAGGGCGGAUUCGGCAAGGUAUGUCUGGGGGAGGGCGGAUUCGGCAAGGUGUACCGCGGGGAGCUGAACGGUGAAGCAGUGGCGAUAAAGAAGGCGAGGGAGAAGCAGCGGCAUGACGGGGCGGACUUCAAGAACGAGAUCGAGCUGCUCACCGCCGUGUCGCACGGCAACCUCGUGCGCCUCACAGGCUUCUGCGUCGAGAAGGACGAGCAGCUUCUCGUGUUCGAGUUCAUGGAGGGCGGUGCUCUGGACGCGUGGAUCAAAGCCCCCCCUUGCAUGCGCCAUCACAUGAUGGUACCUUCUUCAUGGUCUGAUUUCUGGCAACGUCCAUUUCUUUCUGUCUCAUCCCAAUCCACGCCACCUGCUUGCUCUGCUGACGUGGCGGCAGGCAAGAUGGGUCGCAUGCUGACAUGGCGGGAGCGGAUGCGUAUUGCGCUGAACGCAGCGAGUGCGCUGCACUACCUGCACCGCGAGAUGAGGCCUGCCAUCGUGCACCACGACAUCAAGGAGGCUCACUCAAUGUUGAUCCUCCCUCGCCCCUUUUUCCGCGCCCUCCCGCCCCCUCCUGCUGUGGCACGGCAGCCGCCGAACAUCCUGCUGACAGCAGCGCUGGAGGCGAAGGUGGCGGACUUUGGGACGUCCAAGUCCAUGCCGGAGCGCGGCGAGUUCAUGCCCGAUGAGAUCGUGGGCAGCAAGGGCUACAUAGACCCCUACUUCGUGCAUUCAGGCGUGCUGACGGAGAGCAGUGACGUGUACAGCUUCGGGGUGGUGCUGCUGCAGCUCGCCACGGGGCAGCCGCCGCUCAUCCAGCACGUGCCGCUCAGCCAGGUCGUGCUGCACCUCGCCUUCGGCCCGCAAGGCCUCGCCUCCGUCGUCGACCCGCGCCUCCACCACGCCCUGCUCGCCGCUGCCGCCCCCUCCGAUGAUGGCGCCGCCGCUGCUGCGGGUGUGGUUGGUGGCGGUGCGGGGGAGUGGGAGGAAGGGGGAUUGAGCGCAUGGGAGAUGGUGGCGGGGCUGGAGGAGACGUUCAGCACGUUCCUGCGGAUCGCGCUGUGGUGCACCGCGGAGCACCCCACGCUGCGCCCCGACAUGGAGCAGGUCGUGUCGGAGCUGCGGAAGAUUCGAGACCAGCUGGGAGCGGGGAUGGCUGGUGGGGGCAGCAGCAGGAGAAGCCCGCGUGGGACCGCCAGUGGGUUCACGACGCCCUCGUCCUUCCACGGGUCGCUGCCUCCCCUUGACGCCACUGCGUUCAGCAGCCCCAGCGUGACGGAGGAGCAGAGCAUGAGCGGCACACAGGACUACACGUGGAGCGGUUAUAGCGCCACACAGGGGCCCCCUUCUCAUCCCACCUACCCCCCUGCUACCGUUGCUGCUGGACGUGGUGAAGCGUCACCAGGGGCCCACAGGCAGCAAGCAGCGCAGCAGCAGCAGCAGCAGGGCGCGGCUCGAGGGGCGGGUGGGUUGGCUCCCCUGUGGGGCCCUGGGCUUGUCGGUGGGGUGCACCCCCCUCCAUCCAGUGCCGCCCAGGAGGAUGGAGCCAUGGGACGGGGGUACGCUGGUGGCUCGUCUGCUACAGCCAGUGGAGUCACAGACGAGGAACAAGGGCACACUGACACGAUGACAGGGCCGCGUGCUCGGUAG